AUGCGUCCUCCUAGUUCACUCAAGCAAGAGUUUCUCAAGAAAUGGAUAAUGGGUCUACAAAGAUGUAGCACUGUAAAGAAGAAUAUGAGCAUCUUGGAGAGAAAAAAGGCUAUAAAGUUGUCAGCAGAUGUAGCCAUGGCUUCUGCAAGAAACGGUAAAACUUGUUGGAGUCGAGCCAUCAUUGCCAAUGCUUCCAAACAUGGCAGUGAUAAACAUCUAGUUGAGAAAAUAUUGGGUCCGGAGUCUGAAAGGCUAAUAGCGAAGAAGGUGUCGACAGGAGCAUUAUGCAACAACAGGAUCAGAAGCAAGAAGAUCCUGAAAAGGAGUUGGGGAAUCCGAAGAACAAGAAAAUGUGCACCCCAAGUGGCUCUAGCAAGCUUUAUUGCAAAAUGGUUGGUUAGGAAAAGAACAAAAGUUUUAAAAAGUCUAAUCCCUGGAGGAGAAUUUAUGAAUGAAGUCUGUUUGAUUGAGGAAACUCUAGAUUAUAUCAUAUCUCUCCGAGCUCAGGUCGAUGUAAUGCGAACUCUUGCCAGUACUUCGGAGAUAGUGAAUCAUAACUAAGAGCAUCAAUGGUAAAUUGUUCUCAGUUAUUUAGUACAUG